CAAAAAGAAAGUCCACAUUUUCACACACACUCUUUAUAUCACUUUAUUGAACCCAAAAAUCAACACAAAUUCCAUUUUUUUUCCCCAAUCACUUGUCUUUUUCUCUAAACAAAACAUUUUUGUGAAUUUCUUCUUCACAGAAAAUAAAAAUGGUUAAAUCUCGUAAACCUCCAAGUGGACGUACAAAUUUAGCUUCAUGUAUAGUUGCAACAAUUUUCUUAAUCUUCAUCUUCAUCAUCAUCUUCAUCCUUUACUUCACUCUUUUCAAACCUAAAUCCCCCAUUAUCACCGUUAACUCCAUUCAGCUUCCCUCUUUCUCCGCCUCGAACGGCACCGUGAACUUCACAUUUUCUCAAUACGUCUCAAUCGAAAACCCAAAUCACGAUGAAUUUGCUCACUAUGACAGUUCCCUGCAGUUACUUUAUUCGGGUAAUCGAAUCGGGUUCAUGUUUGUACCCGCCGGAAAAAUUAAUUCGGGUCGGACUCAGUAUAUGGCGGCGACGUUUUCGGUGAAGGCGUUUCCGUUAACGGUGAAUGGACAACCGGAGAGUGUGGGUGGGCCGACGGUGACGGAUGGGCUGAGUGGGUUUCGGGUCGGAUCUAGUAUGGAAGUGGAGUCGAGAUUGGAAAUGGCGGGUCGGGUUAGAAUGCUCCAUUUUUUUACACAUCAUGUGGAGAGUAAAGCUGAAUGUAGAAUUGAUAUUUCUGUCAGUGAUGGAUCUGUUACGGCUUUCCACUGUUAGUUAUUUUAUUUAACUAAAAAAAAAUCCGCUCAAAUGUAAUAGCUCGCAAAUUAUUAGUUUUUUUAGUUUUAAUUAUUAUUUUUUUGGUUUAGUGUAUUUUUGUGUUUGGUAGUGAUUUUCAGAGUAAUUGUAAAAAAAAUGUUUUUCUUAUUAUUUGCUUUAUUGUUGGAUAUAUUAUUAUAAUUCUU